AUGGCUCGUACUGCUGGGAAACGAACGGCAAAGCCUGCAGGCUCUUCAAAAGCAGCUCAGCAACCACUACCCCCAUCAACCUCGACGCCUCCCACACCAUUUCAAUAUGCACCAACUACCCUCCGCCCAUUUCUCGCAACUUUGCCCACGGACCACUUCUACCUCGUCCAUAUCGACCGUACGGAGCCUACCAUGAAAAAGCGAGUCUUCGUCGUCCCUAUCAUCAUGAACCUCAUUAUCACACUAGGUCUCUGUCUGCGGAUAUAUUACGCUGCGCCAGCCUAUCUAGAACAAAUAAUCACCAUAUUUGGAUAUGAAACAUCUUACAAGGUCGACACGACGCAGGCAAACGCCGGGGAAUUAAUGAACGUCGUCACCACUAGGACGAUGCUGUUGAUGGUGGACUACUUCAUCUUCGUCAUCAUCGGGAGCUGGCCACGAGAAUUCAUCUUCGGAAGCCAGUCACUGCGGUUUGUGGGACCGGUGGAAUGGCGGCGAAAACUUGGCUUUCAAGACACGGAGAUUGUGGUACGGCGAGGGAGGAAAUGGGACACACCGUUGCUUGUGGAGGAAGUGCCGGACAAGGUCAAGACUUGGCAGGUGGAUGAAGAAUUGACCAUCCGCGUCAAGGUCGACAGUGCAAUGCGGAAGCCCUACAUCGCAAAGACGGGGUAUCUGCUUCUGGACAAGGACUGGGACCUCGAUUUCAAGGCCAUGCUGGACGCACAUCGGUUGGUGGAGAGCGGCACCGUCAAGAUCCAGGAUCUCCAGGACCUGGCUCUCGUCUACUACCAGAAACAGUGGCUGGCGUGGCGCGUUCACGAGGAACCUGUGAUAACGGCGCAGGAGGCUGCGCAGGACUCGGUGCUCGAGAAUUUCCGCAGCAAACUGACCGACCUGGGGGCCGAGGAUGUCUUCUUUCGCUGGAUCGAGAUGGUCCAGUAUGAGACGUCACGACCCGGUGGGUUUACGAAAGGGAGGCAGGCGGAGGCGAUGAGAGAGUUGAAGAAGCUUCUCACUGCUAAAGGUGUUGAUUAUGCCCAUUUCUGGAAUGAGAUUGGUGGGCAGACCGGCCUGCCUGGGUUUUCGCAACAGUGA